CCGAAUUGGAUUCGAUUUAUGAUGAACUUGAAUACACUGAUUCACAGUUCACACUCGCACAUCACGUAGUGGAGUUAGAUUGAUUUCGAAGCGCAUGUAGCUUUGCUGAAUCCCAUUUAGAGAGAUAAAUAUAUAUAGCGAGGAGGAGGAGGAGGAGGAGGAGGAAAAGGAGAAAAAAUGGCGGUGAGAACUGGGGUUGUGAAGGCAGUUAUCGGUUUAAUGGCGAUUUGCUUGGCAGCAUAUAUAGUAGGGCCGCCUCUGUAUUGGCACUUGAUGGAGGGAUUGGCAUCUGCUUCAGCUACUUGCCCUUCUUGUAACUGCGAUUGUGAUGAUUUGCCCGUUCUCUCAAUACCUCAAGGACUUCAUAAUGCUUCCUUUGCAGAUUGCGCGAAGCACGAUCCAGAUGUGAGUGAGGACACACAGAAGAAUUUUGCAGAGCUACUAUCGGAGGAGUUAAAGUUGCGAGAAACAGAAGCUCAGGAGAAUCAGCAGCAUGCUGACAUGGCACUGCUUGAAGCGAAGAAGAUGACGUCCCAGUACCAGAAAGAGGCCGACAAGUGCAACUCUGGAAUGGAGACGUGCGAGGAGGCAAGGGAAAAGGCUGAAGCAGCUUUAUUAGCGCAGAAACAGGUGACAGCAAUGUGGGAGCAAAGGGCACGCCAAAAAGGUUGGAAGGAAGGAAACGGCAGGGCUCAGUCCUAGCUGUAUUAUCUCACGCAGUCUGUAAGAAAUACCCAAACAUUGUCAUAUAUAGUUUCUUCCAGUCAGUUAAGCGGGCAUGGUUCUCUGCUUGAAGGGCAUCACAAGCUCCGAAUACCUGGUGUUUUUUGCUGAAAGCAAGCAUCAGCUCUUUCAAGUCUGAAAAAUAUUAUAUCUUCUUCAUGUAGAGGUAACAUUGUCACCAUUAUUGUUGUUACUAUUAUUUAUCAAACUUCCUUCUUCGCAAUAUUUCAUAAUGUUACAUACAUAGUUCUGUCGAGGGGAACAGUUUGCUUUAGGUUGAAGCAGAUAUGGUUCUUAUAUUGUUUAUUGAUUGAUCUUAGAAAUCCAAGAAAUGUUUCAGAGCUUAGUGAUUGUGUACUGUUAAUACUUUAUAUUGAGUAUUGAGAAUAUUAAUCAUUGUGUUCUUUUAA